AUGUUGGCAAUACAUGAGGUGAAAAGGAAUGCUGAAUUUGAUUCAAUAGCACACGAAAAUUCUGAUAAAAGUCUAACUGUAGAUGAAGACUGUAACGAGACCUUUGCAGCAACUCUAGAGGAGAACCUACAUGUUGUUGAGAACUACCCUGGUGGUACAGCGGAUAGUUACAUGUGGAAAAUUGGUGGAUCUCUUAAACAGCCAAUCACUCAAAGACAAGGCAGCCCCGUGCUAGUAACAGCAAUUUCCAGUCAAUAUUUUCCACUUCUAUUUGGCCUUGUAAAAUCAUAUCAUGGCCGUGCUGUCAACCGGGUGGAAGGAGUAAAAAUAGAUUUUUUGAUUUACGACAUCGGAAUGACGAAAUUACAAAGGAAUCUUAUAAAGGACUCUGGGAUGCCUUUUGAAAUUCGUAAAUUCCCGUUUGACCAAUUCCCGACACAUGUUAAAGCUCUAAAGUAUAUGGCAUGGAAGCCUAUAAUAAUUCAGAUACUUCUUAUGGAGUUUGGAUUUGUAUGGUGGGUGGAUUCUUCAGUCCGAUUUAAAACAUUAGAUGUUGAGAAUGUAUUUUGGGCAGCUAAAAGAUAUGGAUUGCUUUUUAACAUUUUCCCUGAAAUGGUUAAGAGGAAUUUAACCAAAACUACAGAUGCAAGAACUUUUAAGUACCUAGGCGAAGACAGUUGUAAAUUCAGAAAUUUUCAUGUCACGGAUGCAAACUCUGUUCUUAUCUAUUUUAAUUCCGUUACCAGAGUACUUAUCCGCGCAUGGACAAGGUGCGCAUUAGAUAAAAACUGCAUCGCGCCACACGGAUCAAAACAUUGUGACGUCAGUGCGCCUUAUACCGGAAGUUGUCAUAAUUACGAUAAAUCGGUGUUAGGACUUUUAACAAGCCGAGUUUACCAUAAAGAGAAAACGAAUUCAUUUAUGAAAGUUUUGAGUGAAGUUAUAAUAAUAAAUCGAACAGACACAAUAACAAAUAAUUGCAAAAAUGAUGUUUGUGAAUUUUAACCCUUA